AAGGCUGCAUAUAAAGCUAUCAUAAAAGAAAAGAAUUUGUUAAAAUGGAUAGUGAAGUACCUGAAGUGGCUCAAAAUGCCGGCGAUGUCAUCAAGACUCCCAACACCGUUGAACUGGUAAACUUAGCUCCCAUUGAAAUAAGCUCGGAAUCAGAUUCCGACACCGACUCCGAGUCGAUGAGCGAAUACCAGGAGCAGGAGCUGAAAGCAGAGUUUGACAAAUUUUCGAGUUAUAGUAACUUGACGUACCGCCAAGUGAUGCGGAUGAGCGAGAUAGCCUACAAACUGAACGAAUAUGAUUCGAUUAUGGAGGCUGCUGUGCAGUUCAAAAAGAUUGCCAUAAUGCCACCAGAAUUAUGGCGCAAAUACCUGCACGUCCGUCUCCUGGUGACCCAUUCUCCCGAUGAGCAUGUUGCAUUCCAGGAGGAUUGCGCCGAAGCCUUGAACUCCUAUUAUGAUGUCGAUUUGGCCAAUUUAAUAUGCAACUAUUUGCUUGGCCAGAAGAACUGCAGCAACAUCAAGCUGUGGUCGUCGCUGAUGUCCAAGUACUCUUUGGAGAAUCCCUUUUUUAUAGAAAAACUGCGAGAACUCUUGGCCUCUGCGCCAGAUGCAGACAAACAAGCAGAUGCUUUUAAAGCGGAGAUGGAAAGUCGCUGCAUGAACUGGAACUCUGAUGAAGAGAAGUGCACCGAGUUGGUUGAGCUUUUGGACCGAUACAAGAAAUGGCUGAGCCCCCUCAUACAGGAUCCGCGUGAGCCCGUCGACUGGGAGCGCUUAACCCCGGUCCACAUUCUCCAACUGGAGGAAAUCAAUAAUAUGGACUACACCGACGAGAUUCGUGAUUCUUUGGCCUGCGUGGUAUUUGAAAUAACCAUCUCGCAUUUUCCGCAAAUCGAACGAGUUUGGCUCGACUACAUAAACUUCACAAACAAGAGUGUCAAGCGACCCACUGGCGGGUACCAGAUCAGCAGCGCCCUGGAUCUGGCCAAACGCGCUGCGAUGAGCACAUACAGCAAGCUGGUGAACCACAAGCUCAUCCAUUUAAUGGAGACCGAAGGACACACCGUUCAGGAGGUGGAUAACGUGCUGAAGGGUAUCUUCCACAGACUGGCUGUCAACAUAAAGGCGACGGUGGAGCUGCAUUUGGACUACUUGGCGUUUAUGGUACGCCAGUGCGAUGUAUCGGACAGCGAUCAGUGCACACGCGUGCGUGAGAGAUUCGAUGGAGCCUGGAAUACACUCUCCGACUUGUACGGCGAGGAGGCCGACACCAGCUAUGAGGUGCUCCAGCUGUAUGCCCAAGUGGAGUAUGCCAAAUUUAAGAAUCCAGCACUGGGCUACAAAAUCUGGGAGUACAUCAUGUCUUUCGAUAAAAGUCAGCAGAGCGGUUACCUUUGGAUGACGUGGGCCCAAAUGGAGUCGCAGUUUAAUGGCGGUGUUCGUUGUCGCGAUGUUCUGAAUUUGGCCCUGAAGCAGCGUUUCCUGAAGGAUGGUAAUUUUGUUCUCGAACAAUAUCGUCGCUACGAGCGCUGCCAUGGGGACUACAAGUCCAUAACCACAUGCCAGAAGAUAAAACUGCCGGCAGAGCGCAACUAUGGCAUUCACAGAUACCAGCAGCAUGCCCGCGAGCAACUAAGAGAGAGAAAACCGUACAGGACGUCUCAGCCACCAUUGCGAGCCCAAGCAUCAGUACGUGCCACAGCAGCACCACGCGCCAAAGCAGCAGUGCCGCCACGCGCCACAACAGCAGCACCACGCGCCACAGCAGCACCUCGUGCCACAGCAGCACCACCAGUCUCAGGUCUCAAGUACUCAACGGAACUCGAAAAAACCAAACUGUUUGUUAAGAACAUACUGCCAAAUGCGACAACUGAAACUCUUAACGAACUCUUUGCCACCUGUGGCACGUUGAAGGAUGUUCGCAUAGUCCAGAAAAAGCUACCAAUCGGCAGCCGACAGUACAAGACACGCAAAAACAUUGCUUACAUUGAAUACGAGCAGGCUGAAUCAGCCCAGAAGGCUGUUGAACAAUUGAAUGGCCAUAAUCUGAACGGAUCUGUGCUAUCUGUUGCCAUUUCUGAUCCCCCACCAAAGACCUCGAACAUCACGACAGCCAAACGUCGUGUGGCCACAUCGCUAAUACCGAGUAUUGUGACCCGUGAGAUGCUGGCCACUAAGCGUCGCAAGGUGCUGUCGCUUGAUAACGAGGCAGAUGCGGCCACCAAGACAGAGGAUGUGGAUAUGAAAGAUGGGGACAAAGCCACAGCUAUAGCCCCAGCUACAAACCCAGAUUCCUGCAAUACACCAUUAACAUCGCCAGAGAAGCCCAAGUCCAACGAAGAUUUUCGUAAACUACUAGGCUGAAAAAUGAAACUAGAACUUUAAUUAGAAUUACUUUAAGUUUAAUUUGUUUUCUAGAACAGGCGCGUCUGUGACGAUUUUUUGUUUUCUUUUUUUUUUUUUCUAAUUGUAGGAGGGCAAGGAAACCUUCUCCGCGCCCGCACACCCGCCACACAAUUAUACGCCAUGCGUACGGACGUGCUUUAAUGUUGUUCCCCACCCACCAUUUCCGGCAUAUGCCGCACAGCAGUUUAUGAAUGAAACAAAGUAAAUAAAUGUACAAAAUGUGGAAUAGCAA